AUGGCCCCGAACAUAGACAAAGAAGCAGAACAUAUCCGAGACAAAGCGAAAAAGGAGCUUCUCGGAUUACUCGAAGGAGUCCGCGGCAAGAAGAAUCUUGUAAUAGGAAAGGACUUGACCGGACUUCUAGGUCUGUUCGUCCAGUUUUCCCAGCUCAAAGAAUAUGGCGUGGACAAGGUGUUCGAGCUCGAAAAUGGCAACACCGACUCUUCCCAGAGGAAUAUCGUUUACCUCGUGCAUGGGGAAAAGCCUCUUCUUGUCCAAGCUGUAGCAGAACAGAUUAAGAAACUUCAGAGAAACGGCUCUGUCGAGCAUGAAAUCUCCAUUAUCUGGGUCCCAAGGAGAACACUUGUUUCCAAUAAGAUUCUGGAGGAUGCAGGGGUCUUGGGCGACGUCAACAUCUCAGAGCUGCCUAUAUUUUUCCUCCCACUUGAAGAUGACAUGCUGUCCCUGGAAUCGGACGAAGCAUUCAAUGACCUGUACUUGAGACAUGAUCCGGGACCUCUCUAUCUCGCGGCCAGAGCUCUCAUGCAGAUUCAGCAGCGUCAUGGCCUCUUCCCGCGCAUACUGGGAAAAGGCGACCAUGCUAGAAAGCUUGCCAACCUCCUGCUCCGCGCACGCAAAGAGCUAGAUGCAGAUGAAGCUGCUACACAAUAUACCAGCAUGCCGAGUACCUCAAUUGAACAGCUAAUCAUCAUUGAUCGUGACGUCGACUUCGCUACACCAUUACUUACGCAGUUGACUUACGAAGGCCUGGUUGACGAGCUUGUGGGCAUCAAGCACAAUAGGGCCGAGGUCGAUUCAUCCAUCGUUGGAGCCGCUCCUCAGCAGCGAAAUCAGGGUGGCUCGUCCUCAAUAUCUCCAGCUCCUGCUGUUCGACAAGGACUUAAACGCAGGAUUCAGCUAGAUUCCUCCGAUCCGUUGUAUGAACAGCUCCGCUCCUCCAACUUUGCACUCAUUGGACCGCAUCUGAACAAAAUUGCGCGGCGUCUUGAAUCAGACUAUGAAGGACGUCACCAAGCCCGGGGCAUCAAUGAACUGCGGGAAUUUGUGAACAAGCUGCCCACCUUUCAACAAGAACAUCAGUCCCUGGCGAUUCACACCAACCUUGCCGACGACUUGACCAAACAGACCCGCUCCGAUACCUUCAAUCGCGAGUUGGAGGUUCAGCAGAAUAUAGCCGCUGGCACAGAUCCGAUCUAUCAGCAUGAGACAAUCGAAGAACUCAUCGCUCGAGAUGCACCUCUCAGUACUAUUCUCCGCCUCUUGUGUCUCGAAUCUGCUGUGGCGGGUGGACUGCGACCGAAAGACCUUGAGUCCUUCCGGCGCCAAAUUCUUCAUGCUUACGGUUUCCAGCAUCUCCUUACCCUCGAUGCAUUGGAGACCAUGGAGCUUCUCCAGCCACGUUCGUCGGCGUCAGCGUUGCUCCUUCCGGUGGGUGGCGGAGCGGCCCAGUCUGAGAAGGGGACCAAAACGAAUUACGCACAUUUGCGUAAAGGACUGCGCCUGAUUGUUGAUGAAUAUAACGAACAAGAUCCAGAAGAUGUUGCCUACGUCUAUUCGGGGUACGCACCGUUAAGUAUCAGAAUUGUGCAAUGCGUUCUGCAGAAACAGUACAUUCAGUCUUUGCACAAGUCAUCGUAUCCCUUGACAUCGUCGAGCACAGGCUGGACCGGUUUCGAGGAUAUUAUGAAGUCAGUCAAGGGGCCAACCUUCACCAUCGCUCAGAAGCCGACGGAUGAGAAGGCAGCAAAGGCGAAGGCGGCUCUAGCUGGCGUGGGUGGUUGGAAGACUGUUUUCAUCAUGUUCGUCGGCGGGAUCACGUUCGCGGAAGUCGCAGCUCUGAGGUUUAUUGGGCGAAAAAUGGCCGACUCAGGCCAGAGGAAAAGGAUUGUGAUUUGUACCACUGGGGUGAUCAGUGGGAGGACCAUCAUGGAAGGCGUGAUCGAGAAGUCGAAUCUGGCAUCUGGCAUCACUGCGUAA